AUGCCUGAACCUUGGUGCAAUCUGUGGCCUAGUAAACCUUACAAAAUCUACUUGGUUCUGCACGACAGCAUCAUCCAAGUCCCACCAUCGGGACCUGAUCUGGUGCAGAAGCAGUACGAUACGAGACAAGACGGCAGAAACGGCUGGAUGGAAACCCAAAGAAAACGGACGCCGGGCCACUCCUUGUGGAAGGGCAAGCAGGUUUUGGGGUUCAAAGAUAGGGCUGCCCAAGAGAGGUUGAUCGUCAUAGUGGAUUUGACGGGCUACACGUAG